GAAAAGCGACCAGUUAAAUCCAUUGAAUCCGUACUCGACCGCUAAUCGAUGCAUUUACUCGGUAUGUUGGUCUCUCCGAUGGAUAGUAUGAGCACAAUCGAACAGCGUGGUGCACGCACACAUGGGCGCCAGUGUCUGUCGCGGGUCACAUUUCCAAGCGCUCCUCAUAUGGGCGCAGAUUGGUGGAGUUAGUUGGUUCGUUGGAUACGAGCGUAUAUUCGACUGGUGGCCGUUCAGAUAGGAGCAGCGUUUUCUACGCCUGCUGAAGUAUUAAUUGUUCCGAGUGCAAAUCUAGAAGCAUUCUAGACUUAAUCCGCGAAAGGUGUGAAAUACAAGUGAAUCCUUUUCAUGUGAAACGACUUCAACUAGAUUAAGCUUAAUAAUAAGCGAGUAAAAAUCACGUUAAAAUAAUGAGCAAAGCGCUGUUGCGUUGCUGCGAUCGUGUCCAAGUAGUGGUGUCGGGUGCCUAUGGAAGUCUCAUAAAAUUGAGUGGACCGUGUCCACAUAUGGCACAUCGCGUGAACGGCUCCUUUCUAGUCGCGUCGCUACCAAGUGUCGUCUGAGCUUCACCGUGCAUGCUAGUGCCCCCCUAAAAACAGUCAUCGUCCAACUGUGUUUUGUGCCUAUACCGUUCAAAACAUCGGAAGUCGUUCCGGUGUCGUGCCCUGACGGUGUCAUUUAUCGACGGCUAGCAUAAAUUUUCUGUUAUUUGCUUCGUGAUUCUUCCGGCCUACAGCAACAUGGGUUCCCAAAAGUUCCAACAUUUGAGCCUCACCAGUCCCCAACUGUCCCUUGGUGCAAGUUUUAAUGCAAACGAUUUGUCGGAAUUCAGCCGAGCACUACUGAACGGGGCUAAUGUGAAUCUGCGCGAUCGUGACUCCGAUUAUUCGGUGUUUGAAUUAGCAUGCAAAACUCCCGGGAAGAACCACUUCAUCCGAGCCUGUCUGAAUCACGGCGCACUUGUAAAAGAGAAAAAUCCCGAAACCAACGAAUAUCCCAUUCAUCUGGCGGCUCUGUCAUUCGAUAGUGACAAUCUUUCACAGCUGCUUGCAGUUCAGCGACUCUUUGUCGAUCAGAAAUUCGAAGAUCGUACUGCGCUGUAUUUGUUGUUCGAGCAGAUCGACAGUGAUAACUGGAAGGAAGUGUUUGAGUGUAUCAAAUUGUUGCUCAAACAUCACGCCAACAUAAACGCAACAGAUGAAAACAGUGUGUCACCUAUAGCGCUGCUAGUGACGCGUGGGAACGAGGCCUGGCGGAAAGAAAUACUGGAAUACUGUCUACAAAAUUACUGCGUCAACGUAGACUUUCGCCGGAAACAGGCACGAAAAGCAAUCGAGAAACAUUUUCCGGAUACUGUGAUUCCUGACAUCGACAUGGAAAAGGUGACGGUGGAAGUGCUCCGGAACAAACUAGCAGCUGGUACGGAGGAUGAUUUUCUCACAGCAUAUGAGAAAUACAUCCAACAAAACGAAGGUCACGUGCUGCGAGAAGAAGAUUGUGCCGAGCUUUUAUCUGUGGCAGUGUACCGGGCGAAGCUGUCGGCUGCUCAGAAGCUCAUUGAAGGAAAAAUAGAGAAUGGCAAAUUUGUGGGCGAAAUUUCACUGCUUUCCGGACUGCUGGCCAAGUGUUGUAAUGGUGGCAAUGUUCCAAUGCUUGAAUGGUUGCUCAAAAUCAUUCCGGAUCAUGCGGUAGCGGUAAUAAACGAAGAUCCACUACUUUCGUUGCUCGUGAAGCAGAUCGACGUAUACAAGGAUAAGAACAAGUGUCCGUUCUUCAAAAGCAUGGGAAUUCUGUUGAACGAUCCGCGCAUGGAGAUCGACAAGAUAGAUGUGAAAAAGUAUACUGCGAUGCAUUACGCUGUGAAGUAUAAGAUUGAUCAUGCUCAGGAGCUGUUGCUUGCCAAAGGUGCCUUCAUCGGUGGCGAGGAUCUGUUUGGAGAAUCACCGAUCAGCGAGAUGGAUUCGUACCUGUUGGAGAAACAUUUGGACUCGUGUGUGACGAGCAAUGACCGUAAGCCGGGCGACGAAGACUACGAAGUGAGAAUUAGUUUCUCAAACUUCAUACCACCGGCAUACAAACCGAACUACGAAAAGCCGGAACUGAGGCCGUUCAGUGGUUUACCGUACGAGGAUGAAAUGCAACCGAUCGUACGGAUGGCACAAUCGUCCAGCACAAAGCGACUCCUUCGGCAUCCGGUAGUAUCGAGCAUUUUGCUGCUAAAGUGGCUAAAGCUGAUUUGCUUUUUCUACAUCAAUCUGGUGAUUUGUACGCUGUUUUUCAUAUCCUUCACGAUGUACGUCGUGUUCUGUUACGGACGAGAGGAUGCCCCAUUCAAGCAGUUCUUCUACUUCGUCUCGAUUACCGGAUGGAUAUAUCUGAUUGCACGAGAGUUGAUCCAAUUUUUGCUAAAUAUGCGCGUUUACAUACGAUCACUGGAAAAUGGUAUGGAAGUGCUGCUCAUCAUUGCAUCCGGUGCGGUGCUGAUGCGAGAAUUUGCCGACGAAACACGCCGGGUAGCCUCAGCAUGCGUUAUUCUCCUGUCGGCGUUGGAGUUUACAUUACUCGUCGGAACACUGCCCGUCCUAUCCAUCUCGACGCACAUGGUUAUGCUAAAAACGGUUUCGAAGAAUUUUCUCAAAUGCUUAGUUUUGUACUCGAUAAUAUUGCUAGCGUUUGCGUUCAGUUUUUACACACUGUUCCGUGUAAACGGAAACGCCAAACCCGUUGAUGCGAACACUGACGGUACGACACCCGGACAAGCUGAUGAGGACGACGAUCAGUUCAAUCAGUUCGGGGAGGUUCCGCUUGCAUUGAUGAAAACAGCGGUAAUGUUAACUGGAGAGUUUGAAGCGGCAAACAUAAAAUUCCAACAGUCGAGCUUGAGCUAUGUCAUCUUCGCACUCUUCCUGUUCUUUGUGUCGAUCGUGCUGUUUAACCUAAUGAAUGGUCUUGCUGUCAGCGAUACUACGACCAUCAAAGCAGAAUCGGAGAUCAUCGGCAUUACACAGAAAGUGUUCCUCAUUAACAAGUACGAAAAUGCACUGAAGACAUCAAAACCCAUCCGUUGUGUAACUGAACGUUUGGCGUGGCUGUUCCCCUCGAACAGUUUGCAGCUGUUCUCGAGUAACGAACCACUGAAGUACAUUGCGGUGAAGCCAAACCAAUCGAAUGCAAUCAUGAUAUCGUCCCUGGUGCCACGAUAUGCUCGCGACGUGGAGAAGGGUGAUCUUGAGCUGGACAAAAAGUUGGAAGACGAUCAGUUGCUGCUGCGUAACAGGAAGUAUGGUACCGAAUGUUGCAUUAUGCCGUGCUUAAACAAUAUGGAUGGUAAAAUAGUGAAAUACGCACUGGAGAUUCUUCACUCGCGCGUAGAUAACGUCGGAUCGGUCGAGUACCGUUUGUCCCGUAUGGAGCAAAACGUGGAACGUAUGGCACAGGAACAAACAGAACUCAGGAAGCUAAUGCAAUCGCUAGUUACCUCAUUGCAAUCGAAGUCGUAGGCUUUACGCAGGUAUAUUCUACCUUUCUGAGAGGCGAAAUACGAGUUGCAGAUUGAUUAAUAAGCUAUGAAAGACACACACAAAAGCAGCAUACAUUAUUUAAAUGGCAUUAGUGUUACUUUAAGAUUGCACUCAUCGUGCAAGCGAAUAUGAAUCUUACCAACCAGUUUGAUAUAUGCAUUAAAGUAUGGUUUACACGAUUUAUUGUUAAUGUUAACGUUAUAUAAGCUUCUCUUGACGGCUAUUUUCAAUUGAAAGGAAAAUCAGAUCUGAAUCUUUCAUUAUCACUGUGCCUUUUUGGGGAUAUAAUAUUAAUCUAGAGUACUACGUUUAACAUCGCAUUUGUAAAAUGUUUUAAUGGAACACGUGUUUUAUAUGGGUAUAAACAAUUUUUUGAAAUUUUGAAAUGCACUGUUAAUCGAUUAUCGAAUUUUUGUAAUAUCGAAAUAAACUGUUAACGAUUUACAAAUAUCA